UGUGUUUGCAACACAAUCUAUCAAUGAUAAUGGCAACCGCUAACGACAAAACUCUUCAAGACAUGGACGAGCAUACAAAGCUCGAUUUAAGUGAGGUUGAACCAUUUUCUUACGACGAAAACACAACGGACGUCGUGCUCUGCGUCGAAGAGAAAAAAUUACACCUUUCUCGUGGAGUUUUAAUGCUUGCCUCUCCAGUGUUUCGCAAAAUGCUGACCUCGAAUGGAGAGGGAACACAAAACGAAAUCAGCCUUCCAGAGGAAUCUUAUAAGGACUUCGUUCUUUUCCUGAAAUUUUUUUCUCCUGUGGAAUAUGUUGAACUACAUGAAGGCACAGUUACAACAGUUUUGCCACUGGCCAAAAGAUAUCAGGUUGCAUCUGUGCUAAAAAAAUGUGAGGACUGGCUCCUGACUGAAAUUAAGUAUCUUAUCAAUAAAGAAAUUAGAUAUGAAAGAGAAAGGCGAUCAAUGGUGGAGUUUUUCGCAAAGUGUCUGUUUUUAGCAACCAAAAAUGACCUUAAGAGUCUGUACGCCCGAGCGUUUGAAUUACUAAUAACCUACAAACUGUCAAGAUAUAGACGUUCACGAUACUACGAUGAUUUGCCUGACAGAGAUAAAUUGCAACUUCUGGAGGCUAGAAUGGUAAAAAUUGAAAAAGCGGAUUACAUCUUAGAUGGAGACGAUUAAAAAUCUUCGUUUAUGAUAAUUGUGUAAAGAAGGAGAUAAAACCCUCUGUUAUAGUAUCAGCUUUGUAAAGCUUGUUUCUCCAUAUGUCUCAUUGGCUUUGUCUUUUCACUGUUAAUACACACAGU